AUGGAUGGAGCGGAUGUCACUUUUCUUGUGCGCGGGGACAAGUUCUCGGCCCAUAGGCUCGUGCUCGCUGCUAGGUCACCCGUAUUCAAGGCAGAGCUCUUUGGGUCCAUGAAAGAGAAAGACGACAAUCUAGUUGAAAUUCAUGAGAUGGAAGCUCACGUGUUCAAGUGCUUGCUCUAUUUCAUAUACACCGACACGCUACCCGCUCUUGAGAUGGGAAGUCUAGAUGUGACGAUGGCUAGCCAUCUGCUCGUGGCGGCGGACAGGUACAACAUUGAGAGGCUGAAGCUGAGCAAGCACAAGCUAUGCAACCACAUCCAUGCCGAUGACUGUUUCAGCAUCAUGUGCGACCUAACUAUCAUCAAGAAUAAUAAUAAUACCCUCCAUCAAGAAACUAUGGUUCCUCCAAGCGACUUGCAUCGGCAUCUCGGCAACCUCCUAGAGAGCAUGGAUGGAGCCGACGUCACCUUUCUUGUCGGCGAGGACAAGUUCUUGGCCCAUAGGGUCGUCCUUGCUGCUAGGUCAUCUGUAUUCAAGGCGGAGCUCCUCGGCGCCAUGAAGGAGAAGGCCAACAAUCUCGUUGAAAUCAAGGAGAUGGAAUCCGAUGUGUUCAGGUGCUUGCUCCGUUUCAUAUACACCGACUUGCUGCCUGAUCUUCAAAACAUGCCUAGUAACCAAGGUGAGGCACGUCGAGAUGUGGUGAUGGCUAGCCAUCUACUCGUGGCAGCUGACAGGUACAACGUCGAGAGGCUAAAACUGAUAUGCGAGCACAAUUUAUGCAGCAACAUUGAUACCAACAUGGUGGCUACCAGUUUGGCCUUAGCUGAGCAGCAUAGCUGCAAGCGACUCAGGGAAGCUUGCCUGCGGUUCCUUGCUUCUCCCUCCAAUUUGGAGGCCACGAUGGCAAGUGAUAGUUACGAGCAUCUGAAGAGGAGUUGCCCAUCUGCCCUUAAGGAGCUAAUUGCUAGUCUCCUGCCGGAUACAAUGAAAGCGGCCAAGGAUAUUAUCAUGGAAAUUUAG